AUGGCCGUGCUGCUGGUUUUUUGGGCCUUUUUGCCCUUACUGGCAACGGCCUUCUCCUGGCGUGGCCUCUGGUAUGAACUGGGCUUUCUCGGACCCCAUCCGACCCUGAAAUAUGAGUCGUUUGACCAGGAGUCCCCGGAGGUCAAUGUGAUGCGAUGGGAUCCACGAUGUGAAGAAGGAUACAUCUUUCUCAGCCCUCGCGGCCAUUCCUAUCCGGAGCCGGGGCCAUUGGUGUACGACAACCAGGGCAACCUGGUCUGGAUCGAACGGGAGUUUGGCCAGGUCAUGGACCUCAAGGUGCAGCACUACCGGGGCGAGGAUUACCUGACGUUUUGGGCGGGCGAGGAUGAUGGCACGCGGGGACUCGGCCAGUACUAUAUGCUGAACUCCUCCUACGAUGUCGUCUACAUUGUAUCCGCCGCCAACGGCCUCACGGGCGAUGUGCACGAAUUCAAAAUCACCGACGAGGGCACCGCGCUCAUGACCAUCUACGACAUUACCCAGGCAGAUCUCACUGCCGUGGACGGACCGAAAGACGGCUGGAUUUAUGACGGGCUGUUUCAGGAAAUCGAUAUCGAGACGGGCGAGCUGCUCUUCGAAUGGCGCGCGAGCGAUUACUACGACAUUGAAGAUUCAUACUACCCACUCGACUUGAAGGGCACCUCGCCGUCUGCGGAGGAUGCCUACGACUACUUUCAUAUCAACAGCAUCGACAAGCAUCCCAACGGAAACUACCUGGUGUCGUCCCGAUACAUGCACACGGUCACCUGCAUCAGUCCGGAUGGCGAGAUCCUCUGGGUGCUGGGUGGGAAACGCAACACAUUCAAGGAUAUCUCGCCCGAUGGGUCGGCAACCGGCAUCACCUGGCAACACGAUGCACGCUGGCAGUCGGAUACGGUCAUCAGUCUGCUGGACAACGGGGCGCACGAACACCUGAACACGCGGGACCACUCGCGGGGGUUCAUGAUCGAGUUGAAUUUUGACGACUGGACGGCCAACACGCUGCACAUCUACGAAAGUCCCGGCUACUUCAGCAGCCACUCACAGGGCAGCCUGCAGGUGCUUCCCCGGACGGGCCAUGUGUUCAUCGGCUGGGGGAAGCCGUCCGCGUUCACCGAGUUUACCGAGGACGGCGAGGUGCUCUGCGACUUCCACUGGGGGCCGCGCAUCUACUUCUGGCUGGGAUGGAUCAAAUCGUACCGAGCACAAAAAUUCCACUGGGUGGGCCGGCCCCGAGUGCCGCCAGAUGUGGCCGUCGACGAGGAGAGUCACACGGCGUUUGUGAGCUGGAAUGGGGCGACGGAUAUCGCCGGCUGGGUGCUACAGCGGGCGAGCAAUUCCAGCGCGGCGGAGGAUGAUUUUGAGAGCAUCGAGUACACACCCAAGGAGGGAUUCGAGACGGAGGUAGACCUGGUGGGCGAGGGAUACUUUCGACUAGUGGCGGUGGAUUUCGAAGGCAACAUCAUGGGGGUGACGCGAGGGUUCGAGGGAAUUUGGCCAUACGAUGCGGACGAUGCAGAUGACUCGGGGUCAUCAUUCUUUGUGUUUUCCGAGCGAGCGUUUCAAUGGAUGCUCGUGGGGACAUUCACCGCAGGGGCGGUGGUGGUAGGAAUAUGGCGGGGACGAAAGCGAAUUGAGUUGAUGGUGCGGUGUUGUUUGCGUUUACGUUGA